CCUCUUCCGCCGGUGAACCACGGCGAAAGCCGACCGGGCGCUGCCGACUUUUGGCCAGCGGCAAUUGUUCUCCUUGCCUCGGCGGGAUGGAGCAGAAGCUGGCCGAGUUCCGGGCGAAUCGCCGCGCUUCUAGCUCCCCGACUCGCGUUGAGCCCGUUUCGGGAAACCCUGCCGCCACCGAGACCGGGGACAGGGCCUCAGCCCAGGCUCCGACGGAGGAAUCCGGUCAAAGAUCAGAAAACCAUGAGGCCCAAAUCAUUACAUCUCCUCUGCCACGGUGGAUCCAUUAUGUACUAAAGAAUGAACUCUUUCUCAAGUUUCUUCUCUGGUUGGUCCUACUUGGACUGUUUGUGGAACUGGAGUUUGGUUUGCCAUAUUUUGUUCUGUCUAUGUUUUAUUGGAUCUAUGUAGGAACUCGUGGUCCUAGGGAAAGGCAGCCUGGAGAAAAAAGUGCAUAUUCUGUAUUUAAUCCUGGCUGUGAAGCUAUCCAAGGAACUCUCACAGCAGAACAGUUUGAGAGGGAAUUACAGUAUCGGCCUUUAAUUGAGAGAUAAAUAGACUAAAAUUCAUUAUUGUAUGCUUAACCUGCUCAUGAAUUACAGAGAAUAAUUUGUUUGUUCAAUUUCUUGUGAUAUUCUGCAACAUUUUUUUAUUUUUAAAAAACACUGAAGAUGUGAAUUCUGUUUCUAGUGUUAAGAGAAAGGAUGGCUAUGUAAACUUUGUCAGACAUCCAUUGUUAAGCUUUUUGAACACCUGAUAGACAAAUAAAAUGAAGAAAAACUUA